CGGGUUGCGGCGGCGCGCCGGGCGCCGCGGCCCCACAGCCGCUCGGCGCCUCCUCCGAGAGCCGCGCGCGCACGCAGCGGCGCGGCGUCGAGGCGGCAGGGGCUCCGGAGCGCGGCGGCUCGGCCCUGGGCAGCGCCGGGCAGCGCGGGCCGGGCCGAGGAGCGAGCUGUCCCUUCUCCAGCUCUCAGCCCUACGAAUCCGGGUUUCGCUGAACCACACCAGACCUCUCGUCUGGGGCCCUGUCCCCUGCCCUCUGUGCUGCCCUUUGGACUCGGGUAGUGACACUCAGGAAAUGCUUGUCUCCUGCUGUUGAUGCAUAAUCUGAGAGUACUAUGGAUCAUGCUGAAGAAAAUGAAAUCCUCGCAGCAAGCCAGAGGUACUAUGUGGAAAGGCCUAUCUUUAGUCACCUGGUCCUCCAGGAAAGACUGCACAAGAAGGACAAAAUUUCGGAUUCCAUUGGGGAUAAGCUGAAACAGGCAUUCACAUGUACUCCUAAGAAGAUACGAAAUAUCAUUUAUAUGUUCCUGCCCAUAACAAAGUGGUUACCAGCAUACAAGUUCAAAGAGUAUGUGUUGGGUGACUUGGUCUCAGGUAUAAGCACAGGGGUCCUUCAGCUUCCUCAAGGGUUAGCCUUUGCAAUGCUCGCUGCCGUACCUCCAGUGUUUGGCCUGUACUCUUCGUUUUACCCUGUUAUCAUGUAUUGUUUUUUUGGAACCUCCAGACACAUAUCCAUAGGUCCAUUUGCUGUGAUUAGCCUGAUGAUUGGCGGUGUGGCUGUUCGAUUAGUACCAGAUGAUAUAGUCAUUCCAGGAGGAGUGAAUGCAACCAAUGGGACAGAAGUGAGAGAUGCCUUGAGGGUGAAAGUUGCCAUGUCUGUGACCUUACUUUCAGGAAUCAUCCAGUUUUGCCUAGGUGUCUGUAGGUUUGGAUUUGUGGCCAUAUAUCUCACAGAGCCCCUGGUCCGGGGGUUUACCACCGCGGCAGCUGUGCACGUCUUCACCUCUAUGUUGAAAUACCUGUUUGGAGUGAAAACAAAGCGGUACAGUGGGAUCUUUUCAGUGGUGUAUAGUACAGUUGCGGUGUUGCAGAAUGUUAGAAACCUCAACGUGUGUUCUCUAGGCGUCGGGCUGAUGGUUUUCGGUUUGCUGUUGGGUGGCAAGGAGUUUAAUGAGAGAUUUAAGGAGAAAUUACCUGCACCCAUUCCUUUAGAGUUCUUUGCGGUGGUGAUGGGGACUGGCAUUUCAGCUGGGUUUAACCUGCAAGAAUCCUACAAUGUGGAUGUCGUCGGGACACUUCCUCUGGGGCUGCUGCCUCCAGCCAACCCGGACACCAGCCUCUUCCACCUUGUGUACGUGGAUGCCAUCGCCAUAGCCAUUGUUGGAUUUUCAGUGACCAUCUCAAUGGCCAAGACCUUGGCAAAUAAACAUGGCUACCAGGUUGAUGGUAAUCAGGAGCUCAUUGCCCUGGGACUGUGCAAUUCCAUUGGCUCACUCUUCCAGACUUUCUCCAUCUCAUGCUCCUUGUCUCGAAGCCUUGUUCAGGAGGGAACUGGAGGGAAGACACAGCUUGCAGGUUGUUUGGCCUCGCUAAUGAUUCUGCUGGUCAUAUUAGCCACCGGAUUCCUCUUUGAAUCAUUACCCCAGGCUGUGCUGUCGGCCAUUGUGAUCGUCAACCUGAAAGGAAUGUUUAUGCAGUUCUCGGAUCUCCCCUUUUUCUGGAGAACAAGCAAAAUAGAACUGACCAUCUGGCUUACCACUUUUGUUUCCUCCCUGUUCCUGGGAUUGGACUAUGGUUUGAUUACAGCUGUGAUCAUCGCUCUGCUAACUGUGAUUUACAGAACACAGAGUCCCAGCUACAAAGUCCUUGGGCAGCUUCCCGACACAGAUGUGUAUAUUGAUACAGACGCGUAUGAAGAGGUGAAAGAAAUUCCUGGAAUAAAAAUAUUCCAAAUAAAUGCCCCAAUUUAUUAUGCAAAUAGCGACUUGUACAGCAGUGCUUUGAAAAGAAAGACUGGAGUGAACCCAGCACUCAUAAUGGGAGCAAGAAGAAAGGCCAUGAAGAAGUAUGCUAAGGAAGUUGGAAAUGCAAAUGUGGCCAACGCAACCGUUGUCAAAGUGGAUGCAGAAGUAGAUGGAGAAGAUGCCACGAAGCCUGAAGAAGAGGAUGAUGAAGUAAAAUAUCCCCCGAUAGUCAUCAAGAGCACAUUCCCUGAGGAACUGCAAAGAUUUAUGCCCCCGGGGGAUAACAUCCACACCGUCAUUCUGGAUUUUACGCAAGUCAACUUUAUUGACUCUGUUGGCGUGAAAACCCUGGCUGGGAUUGUAAAAGAAUAUGGAGAUGUCGGUAUUUAUGUGUAUUUAGCAGGAUGCAGCGCACAAGUUGUAAAUGACCUCACUCAAAAUCGAUUUUUUGAAAACCCUGCCUGGAAGGAGCUGCUGUUCCACAGCAUUCACGACGCAGUGUUAGGCAGCCAGCUUCGGGAAGCACUUGCUGGGCAAGACGCCUCGGCCCUCCCUCCCCAGGAGGACUCAGAGCCCAACGCCACUCCAGAAGCAUAGAUGAAGAACUCAGCCGGGAUGGGGUAUGCGCCUCUCGUGAAAUCAGUCACUGUUACGCAGUUUAAGUACUAGACACUAGAUUUUUUUUCCCUAAGGGUCAAUACUAGUAGUCAAGGCUUGAUUUGGAGAGUGAAUGACACAUAGCAAGAUGUAUCUUACUUGUGUUGUUUUUUUUAAUUGAAUAUUUCAAAGAUAGACUGUCGUCCUCUUGCCUGCAUUUCUUGUGCAGUGACAUUUUUUUAAAUUUAAAUUCAAUUAGCCAACAUAUAGUACAUCAUUCGUUUUUGAUGUAGUGUUCAAUGAUUCAUUAGUUGUGUAUUACGCACAGUGCUCAUCACAUUAUGUGCCCUCCUUAAUGCCCAUCACCCAGUUACCCCAUCCCCCCCCCUCACCUUCUGCAACCCUCAGCUUGUUUCCCCAGAGUUAAGAGUCUGUCGUGGUUUGUCUCCCUCUCUGAUUUCUUCCCAUUUAGUUUUCCCUCCCUUCCCCUGUGGUCCUGCACGCUAUUUCGUAUGUUCCACAUAUGAGUGCAACCAUAUGAUAAUUAUCUUUCUCUGCUUGACUUAUUUCACUUAGCAUAAUACCCUCCAGUUCCAUCCAUGUCGAUGUAAAUAGUGGGUAUUCAUCCUUUCUGAUGGCUGAGUAAUAUUCCACUGUAUAUAUGAACCACAUCUUCUUUAUCCAUUCAUCUGUUGAAGGGCAUCUCAGCUCCUUCAGCUAUUGUGGACAUUGCUGCUAUGAACAUUGGGUGCACGUGCCCUUUCUUUUUACCACAUCUGUGUCUUUGGGAUAAAUACCCAGUAGUGCAAUUCCCGGGUCAUAAGGUAGCUCUAUUUUUAACGUUUUGAAGAACCUCCAUACUGUUUUCCAGAGUGGCUGUACCAGCUUGCAUUCCCACCAACAGUGUAAGAGGGUUCCCCUUUCUCUACAUCCUCGCCAACAUUUGUUGUUCCUUGUUCAUUUUAGCCAUUCUGACUGGUGUGAGGUGGUAUCUCAUUGUGGUUUUGAUUUGUAUUUCCCUGAUGACAAGUGAUGUGGAGCAUUUUUUCAUGUGUCUGUUGGCCAUUUGUAUGUCUUCUUUGGAGAAGUGUCUGUUCAUGUCUUCUGCCCAUUUCUUGACUGGAUUAUUUGUUUUUUGGGUGUUGAGUUUGGUAUGUUCUUUAUCGAUCUUAGAUACCAACCCUUUAACUGUUAUGUCAUUUGCAAAUAUCUUCUCCCAUUCCAUAGGUUGCCUUUUAGUUUUGUUGACUAUUUCCUUUGCUGUGCAGAAGCUUUUUAUCUUGAUGAAGUCCCAAUAGUUCAUUUUUUGUGCAGUGACAUUUCUGUUACUCUUUAGUAUUACCUUUAUAAGCUGAGCAUUUAGGAAGUUAUUUCCUUUAAAUACUUUCCCUACAAAUCAGAUAUGCUGUCCCCAGGUGGGUAGUGGCUCCUUGUUCUUGUACUUGAUUUACAGGAUUUUUGUAAUCAGAAUUAUCUAACAGAAGGAGCAAACCCACAAUUUUCUAGAAGUUCUCUUAAAAUAACCUUUUAUUAUUAAAGAACAAUCGAAAAAUUAGAAGAAACAGAAGAAAAGAAACAUAUUAUUUUGCUACCACUCAAAGAUUAUCACUAACACUUUAAUGCACUUCCUUCCACAUCUUUUUCUGUUCAUAUGUAUUUUCAUCUUUUAAUCAAAGGAAGAUCAUAUUCAACAUAGUGUCCUGUAAUCCAUUGUUUUCAGUCAAUAAUCCUUGCUUUCUCAUUCCAGAAUACUUUCACCUCAGACCUACUUCAAAUUUCCCAUCGUCCUCAAAUUUGUAGUUGGUCUGUCCAAACUAGUAGCCAUUCUGUGACCUAACGCUACAACUGGUCAUGUCUCUUCAAGUCCCUUAAGUCCAUCUUAAUCCAGCCCAGUCCCUUUUAUGACACUGAGUAACUAUUUAAAGGGACUGGGCAGUUGUCCUGUAGAAUCCCAUUUUGUUUUUUCAAGGUGUUAUUUCUCUUGUCCCUUUAUUUCCUGAACUGCCUGUAAUCUAGAAGUUAUAUCUAAAAGUUUCAUGGAUUGAAAUAAAACAUUUUUUUUGCUAGAAUAUAUCAGAGAUAAGACACAUGCUUCAAAUCUCAUCACAUCAGAAAACAAAUAUUUAGUUGCCCUACCAUUAACAACGAUGCUAAGGUGGAUCACUGGAUUAACAGGACAGCCUAAUCCCCCACUUAUGUUUUCUCCUUUGUGACUAGUGAGUUACCUCUAUGGUAUGCCUUUGGCAUUGAAUGAAUGCCCAGUUUCCCAUUAGCCAUUCACCCAGGGGUUUUAACAUCCUUGCCUAAGUCAAUAAUUUUAUUAAGAUUUGUGAUUUUUUUCCAUUUCUCUCAUUUCUUCAGCAUUUAUUAGUUGAUGUUUCUUUGUAAACUACAACUAUCCCUCCUCCACUUGAGCUAUUGUCAUCCUUAAAUACAUCUCUUACUGGAAAGGCAGGUUAAAUGUUUUUUCAAUUUAAUUAUCAACUUCAAAGUAAGAAGUUGGUUUAACAGAUGAUGACAAAUUAGGUUCUUUUAUAUCUCUCUUUUUUUCGUGUAAUUAUAGGCUCGUGAAUUUUUAUAGUUUUAAUGUUCUUCAGUCCAUUAUAAUUAUUCUUUUUGGUGUUCAGUUUGUCACGACUGUGACCAGAAGUUUUGUUGUUGCUAAUAGUAAAGUAACCUUAAAGGCCAUGUAUUUAAGAAAGGUAACUCCUAGGUAUAAUUUAGUAUCUUCCUUGGAAGUCCAUAAGAGUUAUCAGUUAAUCAUCAAACCCAGAGCCUCUGUCUGAGUGAGUAAAAUGCCUAUUUCAAGCACUUUAUAGUUGUUCAAAAGGAGUGGGGGAGAACUUUAAGCCAAUUUGUCAUCAAAAGGUCUUACUCUUGUAGUUCCAACUACCACUUUAUUCCAAAUCAAAGCACAAGUAUGCCUAAAGCCUCCUCUGCUGAGAUUUCCUAAUAAUCAGGUUUUUUUAAAAAAGAUUUUAUUUAUUUGAGAGAGAGAGUGAGAGCACAAGCUGGGGGGAAGAGCAGAGGGAAAAAGAGAAGCAGGUUUCUGCCUUCAGCAGGGAGCCCCAUGCGGGGCUCAAUCCCAGGACCCCAGGAUCAUGACCUGAGCCAAAGCAGACAGAUGCCUAACCGAGCCACCCAGGUGCCCCUAACUGUCAGUUUUUAAAGUAUGUUUUCCUAUUGACUUCUUGUUUUAGUUUUCAUGAAGAAAACACUGCCAGGAGAAAAGUGGUCAGAUCCUAGGAAAGAACUACGUUAGCAUGGGUCUACUCCAUCCAAACCCUAUGGUUUGUUUGCUUUAACUAUUGGGUUUCUCAGUGACUUUACUAAUUUAAUUCAAAGUAGACCCCUCCUUUCUAAUCAGUACUUAAUGUAGAUCUAGAGUGCAAUCAGAUUCGCAUCCAGUUACCUCGUUUGCAAUCACCACAUACAAGAUCAGAUACAUCUGCAUCCUGAUACAGCCUGCCUUCUUAAAGAGCACUUAGCUGUAGAAGCUCGGUUUUAGUGGAAACUUUUGUAAGAGGGCCUGCACCAUUUCAGCCACUAAAGCAGAACUUAAGGAUUUUAAACAAUGUUAUAAAAUACUUCAUUGCAUCUACUUUAGCACCCCUCUUCCACAAGUGCUUUACACAUAGUAGAUAUCCACGUCCUAGUUGUUGGUAGAUUGAAAGUAGUGUACAAAAAUCGUAUUUAUCUGUAUCUAACAGAUCUGUAUUUAACUUCUCUGUUAACCAUGUACAUAAAAAACACUUAAGUCUUACUGAAGGGAAAUCUGUUUUUGUUUUAGCAUGCCUCUGAGAAAGUAAGAGUACAUUUCAAAAUGUUUUAUCUAUAUGUAAUUAUGUUGGAAUGUUUUACUUUAUUUAAUAUAGUGGAAAAUUUCCUGACCUUUUUUACUUUAAGUAUGUCUCUAUGUUCUUCUUUCUGGACCUUAAUAGCUACUAAUAUAUGCUUCCUCUGUUUCUCAGCACUGGUUCAAAUUCAGUCUUAAUGCCCCUGUCAAAAUGCGCAUAAUCCACAAUGAUAGAUACCGGGACUUGGCUAGUCUUAUUUUAAGGCAAUAUGGGAAAGCCCUGUCUUCAGGAAGGGUCCCACAUAGAGAAGUCCUUUGUCUUUCUAAAAUCCUACACAAUAUAACAGUGGUUGAUUUCUGCCUCAUGGGUAGACGGAGUAUGUUUGAAAAUAAUUGCGAACCAGGGCCUGGGGAAACUAAUUCAUGUCACAUUGACUCUAUAUAAUUGUAUGGCAGCUUAUAGUGGGAUCCCAACUGCCAGUCUCAUCUGCAGUGGGACUCAGAGAAGAAAGGAUAGGAAUCCUCUGCAAGCCCUGGGAGUAGCUCAUUCUAUAGUUUUCAGGUAACAUCUAAAAUAUCCAUUCCAUGUGGUUUGAUCCUGUGUUCUUAACUGUUCGACAGAGAAAGGAGGUGCCUGCCUCCAAAGGGACAUUUUGAGAAAAUGAGUCUGCCCUCACAUGUAUGAAGGAGAGGGUCACAGACACACAGAACGUGCCCUGCAGUGGGUAGGUGUGCUUUUGUUUUGGGGGGUGUGGGGUGGCAUAUGCCCUCAUGAGAGGCUGAGGGAGAGGGAAGGGAGGGUAUAUGGUAGGGAAGGCUUUAUCUAUUAUGUCUGCCCCUUUAAAGACAGUAAAUCAAUUUAAAAUUUAAAAUCAAAUAAAACGUCUUUGGUGUGAGCCUGUGUGUGCCUUGAGUGUAAAAAUGCUGUUGGUCCGUUUUAGUGUAUCUUUCAGGAAUGCUUUUAGGAUUCAGUAUGUUUAGAUUUUUGAUAAUAUGGUUUGAGUGUUGCUAAGAGUUGGUUUGCGAACUGGUAAAAAGUACUGCCUUAAUUCUCCAUAUAGCCAACCAAAAUGCAUGAGACGGGCUUUGAAACCCCUCAAAUCCCAACAAUAAAAUGUUCAAAAGCUUAGCAUUGUAGCAGGUAGGCUGGCUUACUGACUUGGAUUUAAUCAAGCUUGAGCAUCUCAAAAAUCUAUCUUGCCUUUGAGAAAAAGGCAUACCAGGCUUUUCAUUUCACUUUAUGUAACGGAUAAGGCUGAGCUUUGUGGAAACUAAGUUUUUAUAAAUCCAAUCGCAUUUUUAAAACAUUUAUAGAAAGUAUUUUUUACAGAUCAUGACAUAUCUUUCUAAAGCCAGCAACUCUUUAUAUUCUGACUUAUCAGCACCCUGAUAUAUAUAGAACAUACAUGUGCAUCCAAACACAUGCAUAUGGACACACAUGUGCAUAGAUUAGGUGGAGGGGGUUACCGGUGAAUGUGUGUUCGUUCUCUUUUAAAAUAGGGUACGAAGAUGCUCAUCUAGAUAGGGUUAAUACUAUUGGACAGAAACACCCAAAUUCUUCAAAUAAUUGUCAGUUUGAUGUAUGACAUUAGAUUUUCAUCAUGUAACUGAGAUGUUAAGACUCUCCAGAGCCUGCACCAUGUUAGGCCUGAGUGAGCUCAACAGAGCCAGUUUGAGUAAUCCCACACGGUGCAUAUGAUACUACUAUGUAG